AUGACCACCUUGCCUGCCGAAGUAGUUGAAUUAUGUCAGACUAUUGACUAUUCAGCCAAGCACCCUCUUCAAAACACUUGGACUUUGUGGUUUGAUAAUCCCGGCAAGAAGGCCAAUGCUCAGUCUUGGGCUGACAACUUAAAGGAGAUCAUCAAUAUUGAUACAGUUGAAGAUUUCUGGAGUGCUUUUAACAAUAUUGCCAAAGUAAACCACCUUGCUCCCAACUCCAACUAUCACCUCUUUAAGCAAGGUGUUCGUCCCGAGUGGGAAGACGAAGCCAAUGCCGAAGGUGGUAAGUUUGGUAUUCAAUUCCCCAAGAACAAGGCUGGUGAAGCUAUCAAUGAAUACUGGAUGUACCUUCUUUUGGCUGUCAUUGGUGAACAAUUCCCUUCUGAUGAAGUUUGCGGUGCUGUUAUUUCUGUCCGUAAGUCUUUCUACAGAAUUGCUUUGUGGGUCAAGUCUUCUGAUGAUGAAGAAAAGGUCAACAAGAUCAGUCAACAAAUCAGAGACCUAUUGAGUCUUUCUGACGAAAUCCCUGUUGAAUUCACUCCUCACCGUGAAUCUCCUGCUAAGGUUGCUGCUGCUUUGGCUGCUGCUUCUCUUGAAGACAAUACUGAUGCUCCCAAGCAAACAGAAGAAGAAGCCGCUGCUGCUACUACUACUCCUGAAAAGACAGAGGCUUAG